GACUAAUCAGUUCAGUUGCUGCCAGAACAGAAGUGGAACUGACGCACCACUCACUGGCCUUUUUCACACAAUGGCUAAGGCCUAUGCUUACUUUAUGCAAUUUUGUGCUCAGAUUCACCAGUAUUUUGCGGGGCUGUAUAGGCGCUCCCAGAAGUUCUGGAAUGUCACUGUUAAACGCUUUUUCAUUAAGAAUGAAGAGGAAGAAGAUAUCCCUUUAGCUGAGACUAUUUCUCACAAGGAAAAAAUUGUGGUGCUUGGCCGUUUAUUGAAGAAUGAAUCUCUAGCCAUUGAGAAGAGGGCUCAAGCUGCAAAUAGAAUGGGACUACUAUCCUUUACAGGAGGACCAACCACUGGGAAAUUUGUAGCUAAGUACAUGAAAGAAGUAGCUCACUUGCUGCAAAAUCACCCAAUGGCACCCAAAGCGAAGAUCUUGCUGCUCCAGGGUAUAGCCAGUUGGUGUUACUUAAACCCUGUCAGCCAGAAAAAAGCCAAGCGUUUGAAGUUUAUUCCUAUUCUUGUUGAGAUUCUUGAGGACAGAUUUGAUUCUACCAUCAAAAGGGAAAUAAACAGCAACCUCCUCGUUAAAUUUUGGACUUGUUACGUUCUCUCUGUCAUGACAUGCAAUAACUUGCCUUGCAUGAAGGAGCUUAAAGAGUACACUACUCUAAAAUAUCACUUGCAAAUUUUGACAACCGAGAAUUGGUCUGGGUGGCCUGAGAAUUAUGCAGAGGUACUGUAUUUCCUAAUUGGAUUUCACAGGAAUUAAUUUUUCUAAAUGCAGCUACCUGGUGCGGCUGUUUAUCCCACUGCUUUAGCCUGGAAAUGGAAAGAAAUAAUAAAAAAGUUGAAAUGGUA